CAACGAAAAGUAUUGAUAUCGAUUAAUAAUAUCAGAUUUUAAAAAAUGUCCGUGCCAACAACAGACAGCACCGAGGCUAUCACCAACUCUGGCUAUGGAAGCAGCGAUGAAACAGCCAGUCUCUUAGUCUCCGGGCCAUCAGUUACUGUUAUAGUGCCAACAGAAAACAGAUCCGUCAAGCCAGUUCUUCAAAGGCAAGAUUGCACUACACACCUGAGACCUCAGUUAUCUGGUGGUCCCGGUAGUGAAGAAAGUGCAGCCUCAAUUAGAAUAGAAGACGGUACGACGAGAAGCGUACCGGACAUAGAACUGCAAUGUCGGGAACCCGCAGACCGCCCUCAGACACUGGUAUCGCCUGUCACAACAUGUUCUCACAGAGGUUCAAUGACUGCUUGCACGCUAGUACCGCACGCGUACGCGAGGUGUCGCGUUUGUGAAAGGAGACAGUCUACGGCGCCAAUGUCGGCGGUACAUCUAGCGCGCUCUGUGUCACGUGAAAGCGUACGCUCCGCGGUUCACUACCCCUGUGGUUGUAGUUCACUACACGCUGUCAGCACAUGUCCUGCUAUCCAACCGCCAGCAUUACUGUUACCAGCAACGAGUACGAGAAUCAUCCGCCAGAGUUCGCAGCCGGAGUCGAGCGCAUGCGCGGCGCACUGUGUUCACUCCCAUCAUCACCCUAGCGCCUCACUGCGACAGUUGAGGGAACCCGGGGAUGGAAUCGCAGGCAUAGCAGCGGAUUCUUUACGAAUUAACGGGGGCAUGCGUCCCUUCAAACAAGGGCUGCUCCUGUGCCCACAAACCCUGUCGCAGACUCGCCGGGCACGACUAAGGCGCGCUUUCACUGAAGCCACGGGAGACACGGUCAACUACGUUAGAACGGUGGGCUUGAUAUACUGA